AUGCAAUCCAUGCGACCAUAUCUAGACUGGCAGACCACGACAUCCUAUCUAAAAGAUCCCCCAAAAGAUUACGCGGAAAAAGUUCAAGCACCAUAUAACUUUUGGAGCCAUUUCGAUGCUGUGGAGGAGAAUGUUGCUCGUGGAUCUUAUGCUAGUGAGUAUGAAUUUGGCUGGGAUCUUUAUCAACUCACUGCUCGGGCUCAUGAUGGCCAUUUCAAUUACAUCCCAGACAGUGUUGGAUUCUUUGCUUUUGGACGCACCACUGCACUCGUCUCUGUAUCUGAGGAUGGCAGGAGUUUGCCCGUCGUUUACGCAUACAUUGAUAUAUUGGAGUCGCAAGCUGUAAACACUUCCUCUCCUUUCAAACCAUCAGAAAUCGUGCAAAUCGAUGGACGAAACACGACGGAUUUCUUGCUCGAGUGGUCGCAAUUCGGGACUUUGCAGGAUAAAGAUGCUCUCUGGAAUAGUCUAUUCUAUGUCCCUGCUCAAGUCUCGCUUGGUGCUGAUGGAAUGGGAACUGGAGCUUUUACGGGCAAUGGUCGUGGUCGCUUUGUUUAUCCAGGUCCUAGGACAACUCUGGCCUUUGCAAAUGGCACUAAUGUGACGAGUGAGAAUUUUGCAAAGCCAUCGAGGUUUUAUGAGAAUAUUACUUCUGGAGAAGAUAUUUACAGGAGUUUUAUACCGCAGGAUCCAAAAGUUUAUCUUGAUGCGUUCGAGAUUAUGCGGGAAAAGGAGAAGGAGGAGAAAGAUGCUCCUCCUUCAGAGUCAGGAUUGGAGUAUGAUGAUGAUGAUAUUGCUACGAUCAAGCAAGCUUCAGAGGACAAAGUGUUUGCUGCUGGCUAUCCAACGCCGAUCAACCAUACACGCGGCAAUCUCAAUGCAGGCUACUUCCUCGACGGCCCUGAGUACGAAGACGUGGCAGUCUUAACCGUAGCAUCCUUUGUCGGCAGCAUGGGCUCCGAGCUCGCUUUCCAAUCCGUAAACACCGACUUCAUCGCCGCCGCUCUGGCUGCCAACAAGACCAAACUCGUCAUCGACGUCAGUGCAAACGGCGGUGGUACAAUCCUCCAAGGCUACGAUCUCUUCAAACAGCUCUUCCCCACCAUACACCCAUAUGGAGGAAAUAGAUUUCGCGCACACGAAACUAUUGAUCAAUUGGGUCAGGUAUACUCUGAAGCCGCACGUCCUUAUAACCGCAGUGAGCCGCAAAAGACCGACAUUUUGGAUGCCACACUGUCCACUUGGAAUUAUCGUAGUGAUGUGGAUAUAAACGAUGACCCCUUUUCUUCUUGGAAAGACAAAUAUGGUCCUCAUCCUCAUGGACCGGGGAAUGAUUCUUUUACCUCGAUUAUGCGGUGGGAUCUCCAGGAUCCGAUGAUUACUCACAUGUCAGGCGGUAUCCAUGUAUCCGGUCACGGCAAACGCAGCAACGUCUCCACCAUCCAGCCCUUCAAGACCAAAAACAUCAUCUUGAUCUACGACGGCUACUGCGCCUCCACCUGCGCCAUCUUCUCCGAAUUCAUGCGCCGAGAAGCAGGUAUAAAGACAAUCUCACUCGGCGGCCGACCAUCCCUGCACCCCAUGCAAGGGGUAGGAGGAGUAAAAGGCACAAACAUCUACCCCUGGCGAGCAAUUUGGCAAGAAGUACAAGGAGCCUUCCACAUGGCCAACGAAACCCUAGGCAAAGAAUUAAAUCACACAUCUCUGGGCAAAUACACACAAUUACCACUUGUGCGUGCCGUGGCCGCUUCGGCAAACGUUCGCGAUGGGAUCCGCAGGAUGGAUGAAGAUGACACGCCUUUGCAAUUUGUGUAUGAGCCUACUGAAUGCAGGAUAUUCUACACGCCGGCUAUGGUUGUCGAUCAGGCUGCUGUGUGGAAGACUGUAGCCGAUACGGUGUGGGGCAGAGGGAAUGCAUGUGUGUUCGAGGUUGGAAUUGCUGGCACUGAUAAUGUCAUGGCGGUGCAAAGGGUACAUGGUAUCCGUGCGGACUUUGAUAUCGAGGAGGCGUGGAAGGGAUUGGAGGUUGAGACGGAAGAGGUUUGGGAGCGUCGUGGUGAUUGUGUCAUGAUGCCGUGA